AACGAAAUGACCAAAAAUAUCAAUGCAUAUGAAAGGCAUCGUUUAUUCGCAUCAUUAAAUGCGUUAAGGUUUCUGCAAAUGGAGAAUAUACGAAUAUAAACAUUGCUGGAUUUUCAGGGUGGCCUACAUUUGGAAAGCUGCAUCUUAUCACGUGGUCUGUGGUUGUAGAUGGCCAGAUUGGGCAGCGGGGCGUCAUGGCACGCGCAUCGUAUUUGCAUUUGUAAAGGCGUCUAAUAAUAGAAGUUUCUGAACGCACAAUAGGGCCGUUUCAGUGUGUCCACAGAUGGCCACACUCCACCUGUCUUUUGCGCUGAGGGCGGGGGGAUGCGAUCCCUUAUCCACAUUUACUCACUUUCACCAUUAAAUUCUCUGCUAAAAUAUAGUCUACAUAACAUUCAACAAAUUGUUUGUAGAUUUGAUCCUCUGUAAUAUUUUAUUUCACAUUACAAAUCUCUUUGCUAAAUACCUAUACAUGCGUAUAUAAUCAAAUAAAAUAGCUCUUAAAGAGAAAUGUAUCCCAAGUAUAACAAAGUUACUUGAAUCUGUUGGAGAGCGUGAGGUGAGAUGUUACUUUUUUGCUUAUGUGAACAGUUUUAAGUAUACUUGCGAACACAUUUUAAUACAUAUAACACUAAAACACACAAAACAAAGCAAAAUGAAUAGGUCUAAUAUGAUAUUAUUAAUAAUAAUAAACAAAAAUAAAGUUUAUAUAGGCUACCUCUUAAACGCAUUCAUGCAUUUGGUUUUAUAAAAUGCUGAAAUAAAAGAAUUAGUUGAAGUCUGCAGCCAGCCUUGUGACAUUAUAGCUUUCAUAAAUCUGCCACGAGCCGGAGUGUGACAAUAACAUUAGCAUACCAAUGCACCAUUCAGGAGAACCAAUCAGAAGACGCUUCUUUCACAGCCACCACGAGCCGAGGAGUAUAAAAGCAGCGAGCACACUCCGUUAGAGCACCAAUCCUUUCGGAUUACAUCCAAUUUUAGUUCUACCUGCUCCUUGUGGAAUUACAACCAGCAUCAUCAACAUGACUCUUGAGGAAGUUCUCGUCCAGAAGCCCAGCGAGAGAGCUCAGUGCACUGGGAAAGCUCUGGAAGAAGUUUUGGUUUCUGCCAAAGCGAACGACUGCCUUACCAUUGGCGUUUACGAAUCUGCCAAAGUUAUGAAUGUUGACCCAGACAGCGUGUCUUUCUGCGUCCUGGCGAUGGAUGAGGAAUUUGAGUGUGACAUCGCUCUCCAAAUCCACUUCACUCUCAUCCAAGCCUUCUGUUUCGACAACGACAUCAGCAUCGUCAGAGUGAAUGACAUGCAGCGUCUUUCUGAGAUUGUUGGUGACAAGGCUGAAGAAUUUGAGGAUGCUCACUGCGUGCUUAUCACGAACCCAGCUGAGGACUCCUGGGAGGAUCCAGCUCUGGAGAAGCUUCACCUGUUCUGUGAAGAAAGUCGCAGCUAUAACGAGUGGGUUCCUGAGAUCACUCUCCCCGAGCGUUGAUCUGAGCCUGCACUUUUCUCUGUUGAGAUGCUGUAAACCUUGAGGAAUACUCUGCUCAUCCUUUGAAGCAAGGAUGAUGAUGUUUCCACAUCCCUGGAUGCUCCUGAGGAGGCUGAACCGUCCAGGCAGCGCGAGGCAGGCCCGAGUGGCCCUCGCGGUUCUACGUCGUUCCUCGUCCCGUCCAUGCCAAGAUGAUCCUCAUUCUUUAUGUGAAUGAGGUCAGGUAUGCCACGAGAGCGACACAAUGGCCCUCAUUCUUUGUGCGGAUGAGGUUUGGAGAGGAAGGAGAAGCGAGUUUUGUUUCUGUUCCACAGAGCAAAUAUCGCAUGCGUUGGACACGCAGAGGACGCGGCGGUGCGUCGAAGCAACGUUUUUAAAAAUGGACUUUAACAUCUCGGACGUUUUUAAAAAUGAAAUUGCUGUACAAUAUAACGUACCUUAUUGUCGGCAAUGUGCUUUCCACUUUCCAGAAUUGUCUUAUUCUCUAAAGGUUUCACUUUAGAAAUAUUAAUAUGACAUAAAAGAAGAAAAAAAUAACUUAAAAAUCACUAAAUGUUUAUAAAUAUUUGAUAUAAAAAUGAAGAAAAAUAUUUAAAUAUGCUUUUUCUGAGUGCAUUGUAGAAAUAAAUGUUGCAAAAAAACAAUAAAUGUGUUAAAAUGAA